UACUAAAAGCAAAGGUUGAUAUUCUAGGUCAUGUCAAAUUAUCUGUUUAGGAAUGUAAACAAUUUGGAAGUGGCUCCUAACUUAAGAUUCUAACCCAAAUAAAUGGAAGUACUGCAUAAACAAUUUGAGGACAGUGAAACAAAACGUAUAGAAUUUGACUGUAUCCUUCAUGAGACAAAGAACGUGGUGAUUCACAGAAAUAAGAAUUCAACAGCAUUAUCUCCAAAAUAGAUAAUGGCUGAUCCAGAAAAGGAGGCAGGUGACCUGGCUGAAGUGGAAGCUGAAAAGCAAGAGGCAGAAGAAGACACCUCUGCAACAGAACAUGGAGAGUCUGCAGGCAUUAAGGAAGAGCAGAUAGAUAAAGAGCAAGUGGAUGAAACAACUUUGCCUACAGAGCAGGAGCAAAAUCCAGACUCAGCGGCAUAUGAAUUAGGUGCCACUGAGGAACAGAGCCAGGGACCUGAUGCUGUGGAGGAACAGACUACUGCUGAAGAACCAGUGCAGGCUCCAGAUGUUGUUGAGGAAUCAGUGCAAGGCUUUGCUCCUUCCGAGGAACCAACACAGGAACAGGAUGCUGUGGUAGAACUGGCCACUUCUGAAGAACCAGCUCAGGGACCAGCUGCGGCUGAAGAACCGACUGAGGGACUAGACACAGGAGAAAAACAAGAGACACCUAUUGUAGAAUCCCAAGAGGUUCAGAAAGAUACUUCAGAUGUCCAAGAUUUUGGUGUUCAGAUUGGACCAACAGGAGAUGAUCUGGGUGCUGCCAUAAGUGAAACAACUGGAGGCGUUGAUGAAAGUGUUCCUCGACAGCAUGUCGGUUUUGGAAAAGAUGAGUUAAUAGAAGCCUUGGCAUCUGAAGGAGCAAAAGGUCAAGAACGUGUUAGAGAGCCUGAUGUAACAGUUAAAUUCAUGCUACAUCCUGAUAUCCAGAUUUUCACUAAGACAUUUAAGAUUAAUCAGACUGUGGAGCAAAUCAAGAUGUACUUUGUAAAGCGAUUAAAAAUACCACUGGACCUACUGCAAAUUAUGCUGAUAGGGAGAAUAAGUGACAAUAAAGAGACUUUAUGGGAUCUUGGUGCUCAUCCUUAUGGGACCAUCCAAGUUGAUAUGUUCUCAUUGGAUGAAGAAAAUUUUCCAAUCAAAGCAUAUAAACUCCUACAGGAAUUCUACAUGGCUGACGUUAUAACUGUUAGAGUACAAACUGAUCCAGAUACAUUCCAGAACAUAGACGUAGAGAUUAAAAGGCCUACCUUUGAGAAACCAUUUCUGGGUGGAUUUAGACAUAAGGAAACAGGCAUUGAAUAUCAUAAUGCAGGAUCACAGACAGAUCCAAAGAAACGUCCAGAGAAAGGAUAUGAAGAAUUCUGUAGGUCAACACAGACAGUUUUUGAGAGAAGAAAGCUACAACAGACAAGAAAUACGACUUCUACUCAGAUGACAAAAAUUGGAGUCUAUGUGUCAAAUAUCACUGAUAAACUUAUAGAACCAAAAACGUAUGUGACAGCUGAUGAAUAUCAUGAACGACGACUUAAGGCAACAAUUGUAAUACAAACCUAUUACCGGCGAUGGCUAGCAAAGAAUUUAGUCGAAAAACUAAGAGAACAACUGAGGCUGAGACUAGAAUGGGAAGAAGAAGAAGAAAGAAGGAAACAGAGAGAGAGGGCAGAAAGGCUGCUAAAGGAGUAUAAUCGAAGGCUAUAUCCUAGAACAAAGGAUGAUUUUGAAUUACUUUAUCAUGCUUUAGAAUUAUGGAGGCAAGAGGAGCUUGAGCGCAUCAACACAACUUUUACUGGAGCUGAACGGAAGGCGGCUCUCUGUGGACUUUUAGAAAAAGAGGCUCAGCUGAUUGCUUCCAUUGGGAGACACAAAAUAAAUGCAGAUGAAGAGAACCAGGAAAAAGCAAUCCUGUCCUUUUUGGAAAAGUGUGCAGCUCCCAAAAGAUGGAAAGCGUUUGAUGGCAGAAUCACAGAAAUGGACACCCAGUUCACACUGCGUGCAAGGGAACUGCUUGAAAUCUACCGCAGCAUUAGUAUGAAAGACCUUCCCCAAGAUGAGCGUCUAGAUGUGCUGCUAACACUGAAGCAUACAGUGAAGGAACAUGAAUGCAAACUAACCCAGGAAAUAGUGGAAUUAAUUGACAGAGAAGUAGAUCUUACGAUGCGGGGAGUGAAGGAAUGUAAUUUACAAGGACUCAGACAAAGGAUAUGCACAUUAUUUCUUCAGUAUAUUAAAACACCAUUUUUUAACCCAGAAGUUGCUAGACUUCUCAAGGUGCCCCCUGAUCCAAUGAAGCUUUAUCAAAACAUCUAUUUUUGCCUUGGUUGCAAAAGGUACCUACCUUCUACUGAUUUUGCCAUAUCCACUACUUCACACACUGUUGGCCGCUGUCGCUUAUGCUGCAAGCUGGAUAAUGAGGCUCGCAAGAGGGAAGCCUUUUUGAAAUACAAACGUAUGCUCCGGAAUCUACGAGAUUCUGAAGUGAAAUAUGAAGAUGGUGCUAAGGUUGCUUUCAUAAUCCAGCAGCAAGACCUGCACUACAUGGUUGAAAACUUCUGGGGUUCUCAGUCUGCUCUUAGUGCCUGGGACGAUCUCUAUGAUCUGGUCAUGGUCAGGUGGAAUAAGUAUAAAGAAUGGUCUCCUUGGAACUGUAUCCUCCUCAGAAAUGAGGAAGCUGAAGCUCAUCUCAAACUUAAAAAUCUUGAAAAGGCUUAUGAGCCAGUGUUUAUUCACAGGAUAAAGCACAAACAUAUCCUUGCAAGAAACUAUUUUUCCCAGUUUCCAAAGCUGGCAGCUGUUCUUCAUAAAGAUGACAAACCAACCACCACAGAUGAUCUUUUAGUAACAAAGGCUCUAACACCUGGCCCAUCAAAGUAAUGCUUUUAGCAUGUAGAAGAGUUUUCACUGAUUUAUAGCUUGAAUAACAAUCUGGUAUCAAGAUAAACAUUCGUUCUAUCCAUUUUAGCUGAUUAUCUUUUCUUAAUUGUAUACUAGCAACAUGCAACUUUCUUAAACAAACAUGCUGAUAACCAAAUUGCUAUCAUUAUGCUGUUGUUAUUGCUUUCAAAAUUAAACCA